ACUUCUUUCCUUCACAUUCUUCUUUCUUCUUUCCCCAUACAUAUUUUUAAAAUGUCUAAUUUAGGAAAAUUAAAGACAUUGAAUCCUUCAAUUCCUCAAGAAAUUUUUUCCCUUAAUAUUUCAUUUAAACUUAGUACAAAUUUAGAUGAAAUUAAAGAAUCUUCAAAAGAUUUUGGAAAAAUUAUUCAAAAUAUAUUACCAGCUGCUGUUCUUUAUCCUUCUUGUGUUAAUGACAUAAUUGACCUCAUACAAUUUUCUUAUGACCUUUCUGUCCCUUUUCAUGUAGCAGCCAAAGGUCAUGGACAUUCCAUUAGGGGACAAGCCAUGGCACAAAAUGGGGUAAUUGUGGAAAUGAAUUCUUUAAAUAAUAAUAAUAAUGACAAUUGUGGAAUUAGGGUUUCUUGGGAUUCGGAUUUAGGGUUUUACGCAGAUGUUGGAGGUGAACAAUUAUGGAUCAAUGUUCUUAAUGCCACCCUAAAGCAUGGCCUAGCACCUAUCUCGUGGACAGAUUAUUUGUACCUCACAGUUGGUGGUACUCUCUCUAAUGCCGGAAUUAGUGGCCAAAUUUUCCGAUAUGGUCCUCAAAUAAGUAAUGUUCAUGAGAUGGACGUUAUUACAGGUAAAGGGGAUUUAAUGACUUGCUCCAAAGAUGUGAACUCAGAAUUGUUUUUUGGAGUUUUAGGAGGUUUGGGACAGUUUGGAAUAAUAACUAGGGCAAGAAUUGUCUUGGAUAGAGCACCAACAAGAGUGAAAUGGGUGAGAAUGUUAUAUGAUGAUUUUUCAAAAUUCACAAAAGAUCAAGAAUAUCUUAUUUCAAUUCAUAAUAAUAGAUUGGAUUAUGUUGAAGGCUCUCUAAUAAUGGAACAAAGCUCUCUAAAUAAUUGGAGAUCUUCAUUUUAUUCACCUUCCAAUCAAACCAAAAUUAUUUCAUUAUUAUCUCAAAAUAAAAUUAUGUAUUGCUUGGAAAUGGUGAAGUAUUAUGAUGAUCACACUGCUAAAACUAUUGAUGAGGAAUUGAAGAAGUUAGUACAAGGAUUGAACUAUUUGGGUGGAUUUAUGUACAAGAAAGAUGUGACUUUUGUUGAAUUUUUGAAUAGAGUAAGAAAAGGACAAAUAGAGUUAGAAUUAAAAGGAAUGUGGGAUGUUCCACAUCCAUGGCUCAAUUUGUUUGUACCUAAGUCCAACAUCAUGCAAUUUAAUGCUGCUGUUUUUGAAGACAUCAUUAUCAGACAAAACAAACCAACAGGACCCAUCCUUGUCUACCCAACAACCAGGAAAAGGUAA